AAAGGGCGGGGCAUCCAAUGAGCAACGUUUCCCACUCGGGUUCAGGUUUCACGGCAGUUGGGGCUAAUUUCCGCUCGUUGGUGGUGGCAGUGCAGACCCAGUAGCCCUCAGCCCUCUCUACUCAGCCGACAGCCGUCGCCAUGUCCAACAACAACGCCAGCAACAACUUAAUUAUCGCCCAAAGGACGGUGAAGCAGCUCCGGUUAGAGGCCAGUAUCCGGAGGAUCAAGGUGUCCCAGGCUGCUGCUGAGCUGAGGAACUUCUGUCAGCAGAAUGCCUCCAAGGACCCCCUCUUGGUUGGGGUGCCCUCCAGUGAUAAUCCCUUCAGGCCCCCAAAGUCUUGCUCCCUGUUCUGAGCAGAUAGAAAGGUGGAGGAUUUUUGAACUGACCCAUGGAUUUACCCGUCUUCACUUCUUCCUGAUGUUGCUGUAGAUCGAACAGCGGCUCUUCUGGGGAUGAUGCAUCACGGGACUGAUGGGUUCAGGAGAGUGAUGACACCCACUCGUUUGCCAAAUUCAAUGGAUCCAUAACUCCCAUCUGUUACAUUAAAACAGGGCCAAACUCAACUUAAAAAUAAUAAAAUGUUGUUGAAUCUAACUUGACUAAUGAUUAAGCCAUUCCUGGUUUACAUGAUUAACGUUUCUUGUUUAAAUCCGUGAAAUUAGCCCACGUUAUUGGCUAUAGAGAGUGCAACUUCCUCUUGCUUUUUGUUUCGCAAGUCAAACAUUAAUUUAAACCAGGUGUUGCUUAAGAAUGAGAACAUUUUUUGUUUGUGUGUGUAUACAUACAUACAUACAUGCAUACAUGCAUACAUGCAUACAUACAUAUAUUCAUACACACACACCAUUAUUAUAUUGUGUUUAAACAUUAGCUGUCUAUGUGGCCAACACAACCAAUACAUACUGGUAGCUUUUGAGCUACAUUUAUAGGUGUCUUAAACCAUCCUUGUAUUUGUGGCAAUGGUAAAGGUGUUACUAUUUGAAGGUACAGUGAUAUGGUACAGACUUUAACCACAUCAAUGCAGAGCAUGUGAUUGUACUUUGAUUCAGUCUUUUUUUUCUGUAUAUAUUUAACAGCCUGUUAAGGUUUGCAGCCUAAAUGUUCCUGUCUUUGAAACCCAUCAAGGCCUUACACUGUUGAAUAGUGAAUCAUGGUAGCACACUUAAUGUUUAUUACUUUAGAUACUGAAAUGGCCAAACAGCAAGUUUUGAAUAUAUCUUGCAGAUUAUUGUUUCUAUUGAAUGAGUUAUGCUCCAGUGACUUAUUGUGUUAAUUGUUUUCCACAUUGGAAUUCUAUUCCAAUCAACCAAAACUUACUACUGUUAGCCUUUUUCUUUCCUAACUUUGCUACUUCAGGUAACCUUUUAAAUAAUAAACUACUUUUCUGAACACUG